ACUGUUGGCACGUUAAAAUCUGUGUUUCUUUCGAAGGUCACUUUCAGCUUAAAAUUUUAUGACAGAAAAGAGAUAUUUUCGCUUACUAUUUUUAUUCUAAUAUGGGUGAAUACUAACUAUGACUUCACAGUAUAAGAAAUUUACCAAAUUGAUUGCUAAAUGGCCGGUUGACGCUUCUAAAGGUGAUAGAGAUCUUGGCAAAGUUAUCCGAGAUAAAGUGAAAGUAGCUUUUGAGGCAUCUAAUAAACAAAACUUAGAUUCUGAAUUGUGCAAUCGUCAAUAUAACGCUCUAAACAAAAUAGCAGACAAUCAUUACAGAGACAAGUAUAAAAGAACCAAACAGAGCACUGCGACUGGUCUGAGCCCCGAGGAGUGCAACGUUAUUCUGUCUAAUGAGGUAUUAACUUAUUUAAAAGAGGAAAACAAGGGUUUCUUUAGAAAAAUCUUUCAAAGAGAGAGGCUCCAUAGUAAACACUAUAAAGACCAUACACCAGUUAUGCUAAAUGAAGUCAUAAAACACAUGAAACCGAGUGACAAUGAGUUAUACAUUGAUAUGACUUUCGGAGCCGGUGGUCAUUCUAAAAAGAUUCUCGAUUCAGCGGAUUGUAAAUUAAUAACAUUAGAUAGAGACCCAGUUGCCUUUGAAAAAGCCAAAGAACUAUCAAAGUUGUAUCCAAAUAGAGUAACUCCACUGCUAGGAAGGUUCAGUGAACUUCCUGCACUGUUAAAAAAUAUUGAUGUCAAACAAUCUUCGAUCGAUGGCAUAUUAUUUGACUUUGGUUGCUCAUCCAUGCAACUAGACAAUGGUGAAAGAGGUUUUGCUGUCAGUAAAAAUGGUUAUCUUGAUAUGAGGAUGGACGCCGGAAGAGACCCGAACCAAAUCACAGCUAGAGAAGUUUUAGCAACUGCUAAUGAACACGAACUUUACAAAAUAUUUAAAAUCUACGGAGAAGAGAAGAAAGCUGCGAAAAUAGCUCAAACAAUUAUUCAAGCUAGAUAUAUGAUAAAAAAUAUAGAUACAACUCACGAAUUAGUCGAUAUUGUCGAUUCAUGCUGUCCUGACGAAUUUAGAUUAGACAAACUGCAACGACCACAGUCCAAUGCUACUAAAGUAUUUCAAGCAUUACGUAUAUUUGUUAAUAAUGAACUGAACGAGCUUAACUAUGGAAUGGUUCUGUCAAAGUAUUACUUAAAGUUAAAUGGACGAUUAGUUACAAUCUGUUUUCAUUCUCUUGAAGAUACCAUCGUUAAACGACACAUUGCUGGAAAUAUAAUUAACGAAACAGCCAACCCUGUUCCUUUGAGAUAUCUCAGUCCGAUGUUAGUACAAGAUCAAGAUACAAUAAAUCAGUUUUUAGAUACUCCAUGGAAAGCAAUCACUAAACAUGUUGAAGUACCUUCUGAAAAUGAAGUUGAAAGAAACCCUAGAAGUAGAAGUGCAAGAUUAAGAGCUGCGAUUAAAAUAAAAUAAAUACUUUAUAGUAGCAAUAUAGUAUAGGAGAUUGUAAACUUAUGUGGAUAAUUUUAGUCUGUAUAGAUUGUAAAUAAAAAUAUGAACUUAUUGUUUCAA